AUGGCGAAACAACCCGCGAGGCAGCUCUACCUGCGAAUAGCUCGAAGCGAUUUUCUGCUUUGCUCGGGGGCCCCCGCCGAGGCCCGGUCUCCCAGUCCCGCAUCGCCCCCGGCCGACGGGCGCCUCAAGGCUGCGGCCAAGCGCGUCACGUUCCCCUCCGACGAGGAUAUCGUGUCCGGAGCAGUGGAGCCCAAAGACCCCUGGAGACACGCCCAGAACGUGACUGUGGAUGAAGUCGUCAGCGCCUACAAGCAGGCCUGCCAGAAGCUGAGCUGCCGACAGAUCCCCAAGCUCCUCAGGCAGCUCCAGGAGUUCACGGACCUCGGGCACCGCAUCGACUGCCUGGACCUGAAAGGUGAGAAGCUCGACUACAGGGCCUGCGAAGCCCUGGAAGAGGUCUUCAAGAGGCUGCAGUUCAAGGUCGUGGAUCUGGAGCAGACAAACCUGGACGAAGAUGGUGCCUCGGCCCUCUUCGACAUGAUCGAGUACUAUGAGUCAGCCACGCACCUCAACAUCUCCUCCAACAAGCACAUCGGCACCCGGGGCUGGCAGGCCGCCGCCCACAUGAUGCGCAAGACCAGCUGCCUGCAGUACCUGGACGCCCGCAGUACGCCCCUGCUGGACCACUCGGCGCCCUUCGUGGCCCGCGCCCUGCGCAUCCGCAGCAGCCUGACGGUGCUGCACCUGGAGAACGCCAGCCUGUCGGGGCGGCCCCUCAUGCUGCUCGCCACAGCCUUGAAGAUGAACAUGAAUCUGCGGGAGCUGUACCUGGCUGACAACAAGCUCAAUGGCCUGCAGGACUCGGCCCAGCUGGGCAACCUGCUCAAGUUCAACUGCUCCCUGCAGAUCCUGGACCUCCGCAACAACCACGUGCUGGACUCAGGUCUGGCCUACAUUUGCGAGGGCCUCAAGGAGCAGAGGAAGGGGCUGGCGACCCUGGUGCUGUGGAACAACCAGCUCACACACACGGGCAUGGCCUUCCUGGGCAUGACGCUGCCGCACACGCAGAGCCUGGAGACGCUGAACCUGGGCCACAACCCCGUGGGGAACGAGGGCGUCCGCAACCUCAAGAACGGCCUCAUCGGCAACCGCAGCGUGCUGCGCCUCGGCCUGGCCUCCACCAAGCUCACCUGCGAGGGCGCGGUGGCGGUGGCGGAGUUCAUCGCCGAGAGCCCCCGCCUCCUGAGACUGGACCUGCGGGAGAACGAGAUCAAGACGGGCGGGCUCAUGGCACUGUCGUUGGCCCUCAAGGUGAACCACUCCCUGCUGCGCCUGGACCUCGACCGCGAGCCCAAGAAGGAGGCGGUGAAGAGCUUCAUCGAGACGCAGAAGGCGCUGCUCGCCGAGAUCCAGAACGGCUGCAAGCGCAACUUCGUGCUGGCGCGAGAGCGCGAGGAGAAGGAGCAGCGGCUGCAGCUGUCGGCCUCCAUGCCCGAGAUCACCGUCACCGAGCCCCAGCCGGGCGCGCCCGCGCACGAGCCCGCCGCCGAGGCACAGGAGAACGGGGCCCCGGGCCCCGGGCCCCGCCUGGACUCAGACUCAGACUCGGACUCUGAGGGGGAGGACGGGGAGGAGGAGGAUGGGGAGAGGGCUGUGGCCCCCUGCCCUGCCCCGGUGCCCCCCACGGACUCCCUGGCCCCUGGGGACAGGAGCCCCCCAGGCAGCCCCUCCUCCCCCACCGAGCAGCGUAUUUCUGUGUCCAGCCCGGGCCGGGGCCACAAAGUCUUCGUGGUGACCCGGGUGGAGAGCCCGCCCGAGAGAGCAGAGCCCCCCGCGCCACCCUGCGCUCCUUGUCCUCCCUCCCCUCCCACCGCGCCUGCCCUGCCACCCGCUGAGGCCGUCAGCACUCCGCACCCAGGGUCGUCUGAGCCUCAGCCGGGGCCCCUGCUGCCCAACGGCCUGAAGCCCGAGUUCGCGCUCGCGCUGCCGCCAGAGCCGCCCCCGGGGCCCGAGGCCAAGGCAGGCAGCUGCGGCCUGGAACAUGAACUGAGCUGCUCCAAGAAUGAGAAGGAGCUCGAGGAGCUGCUUCUGGAAGCCAGUCAGGAAUCGGGACAGGAGACACUGUGACACUUUAGUUCCUUUUUUCCAGUUGGUCUUCGAUGAGCUGAGGCCAGAGCCAUGAGAAUCCACUCACCCUCACCCCAGCCUUCCUGAGGCCCAGGAUUCCAGGGGUGCGGGGUGCCUUUCUGGGGACCCCUGCUCCCCACAGCAACACUACACGGGGUGCAGGAGCUACGGGGAGCACCCCACCGCACCCUGACUUAAGCACUUCUAUUUAUGUGUUUGGCACCUGACGACCAAGCUGGGGGUGCAUGGGGAGAGGAAGAGGCUCUGAGGACAUCGGUCACAAGGCCAGGCGACUUUUCCGGAGGGCCCCGUUGGGUCAGGGUUGCCCCUGUGGAGGGCAGGAGUCCUGGGUGGUGGCGGGGUGGCCCGCGGUGGCCCUGGUUCGGGAUGAGGCAGGAGCGUGUGCGGUGCGGUGCGGGAGGGGCGGAGAGAUGGUGGUGGUUGAACUUGGCGGAGCAGCCCACAGGGCGAGGGCCGGGGUGGGGGGAUGGGAGUAGACCAUCAGAGCUUUCUUUUUCUUAAGUGCAAUAAAUCUAUCAGGGAGCUGGGUGGGGAGCAGCCGGGGUUCUGGAGACCCCGCUGUCCAGGCCACUUGAGGCUGUGCCCUGAGAGGCACUACAACCUGGGGGAGGGCAGGGGACACGGUGGGAGGGGGGGUUACAGGGGCGGGGGAGAGGCUGCUCCUGUCGGUGCAACUCUGUUCUCACCUUUUCUAAUAAACCGGAGCUGGG